AUGGGCAACUUAACUGAGGAAGUCUCCCUGUCUUCAUUUACUAUUAGUAACUUUCCAAGCACAGAAAUUUCUGAGAAUUCCAAGAAAACCCCCAGUAUAUUGUUGACGUUGAGUUCUGGUUCCUUGUUACUUAAGUUAAAAUUUGUAUUCGAAUGUGCCCUGUAUUCCAUGAGACCCAUCAAAGAGCCCUGUCCAAAGGGUUUAGGAAGAGAACGUGGCGGUGAGCCACAGCCCUCUCAGAAUUCCCUGGCCUCUCAUCUGAGGGUGGGAGGGCAUGUUGGGUCCUCGUCUCCUCCAAGCUUUCUUUGGCUCUCUCAUCUCUUGACCUGGCCCCUCUAA